UAAAAUAAAAAAGAAUAUUAAAGAAGAAAAAAACCACUCAGCUCUAUCAGCACCACCACCAUGUGAAGGUUGGUGUAGUGGCAAAGAACUCUUUUCGAAUCUCUAAGCUCAAAAGGAUCAGCAUUUUCCAGAAAAGAGAUUGUUUUUUUUAUCGAAAGGUUCAAACUUUACGCAUGCCCAUGAAUCGAUGAUUCGAUCAUAAUCCCAGAUUUGGCGGAGUGCAGGAGCUCGUUUGAAAGAAUGCAAAACAGGCCAUCACUCUCUUCUUGCUGUCUUACAUAUUGUUCAGUACUAGAUACAGAGAGGUCCUCUGGUUUUAGAGUUGUCUUGUCUAAAUGAAAACAUUUUUAAUGUCUAUAGAUUAGAACAGAUACAUCAUCUAGGUGAACUUUUUGUGUGGUCUUGCGAAGAAACAGAACUUUUUAUUUUUAUUUUUAUUUUUGGUCAUGAUGAGUAAAGAGAAUCAGUUGGAGACAGCAGACUGUGGAGUCAAUGAUCACGGUUCUCCACCCGUCAAGAACAACGAGGAGCUAGCAGCCGUUGAGAAGCAGCGUUACAGUACAGACAGUGACUAUGGUUUGCCAACUUGUCGUGUAUGCCACUCUGCAGAAUCCGACAAACGAGGAGAUGCUGCCUUAGGACUCUUGGGGAUCAUCACUCCUCCGGUUCCAGAGGCUCGUAGAAGCAAUGCAGACGAAGCUGGUGAUGACAAGAGCAACAUUGAUAUCGAAAUGGGAAUCCAGAACCAGCAGCAGCAGCAUCAAGAUGCGUUACUUGAACUUGGAUGUUCUUGCAAAAACGAGCUUGCUUUGGUACACUACGCUUGUGCGCUCAAAUGGUUCCUCAACCAUGGAUCCACCGUGUGUGAGAUCUGCGGGAAAGCUGCGGAAAACAUAAAAACUGCUGAUGUCAGCAAAGUAGUCAUUGCCUUGAGAGAUUACACGGCGCUAAGAGAAAGAACAGAUCCAAACUCUGUAUCAACGGUGAGUACUACAGAUGAAGUUGCUGCCAUUAGAAGGCAACGACUUAGUGAGAUAUCUUCAUGGUUUGGCCCUCAUUCCCUGAACAACAACAACAACAACAACAGUAGCUCUGUUGCGGCUUCUCAGGCUGUCUCCGAACAACCUUUAGGUGUUGUGAGCUUUGACAUCUCGCCUAUGGAAAAUCGUGCAACUAAAUGGGCUGUGGAAGGUACAGGGAUUCUACUUGCUACUGGUUUACUCACUGUUACAUUGGUCUGGCUCAUUGCUCCUCGUGUUGAUAAGAAAACUGCUAGGAGUGGAGCUCAUAUUCUUCUUGGUGGUCUAUGUGCUUUAAUAGUAGUCAUCUUCUUCAGAUUUGUUGUGCUCACAAGAAUAAGGUAUGGUCCUGCACGCUACUGGGUAAUCUUGUUCAUCUUCUGGUUUCUUGUAUUUGGUGUUUGGGCUUCUCGUUCUAAUGCUCACAAUUACACUUGAAAAAAAUGUACAUUGGCUUUAUCAAAGAAAAAUAAGCUCAAUGCUCACUGAUUAUGAUUGAAUGUAUAUAUGGUUUACAAUGGUCAAUGUUGCUUUUUACA